AACUUCACCAUCAGAGCGCAUGAAGUAAAUCAGAUACCCGGACUCCUUCCCACACCCAUUGGUGCUGUUGUAGAAAGAGAAAUGCAGUGGUAGCCUGUUCAAGUGACAAACUUGUUUGGGCUGGCAGACAGAUAUUGUGGGGGAGGAAAAACAGACAAGAGACAACAGACUCGGUAUAGUUUUUUUUCCCCACAAUGACGGCUAAAACUUUGGAGAAAGUCCCGGUGAGUCUCGGGGGAUUCGCGCACCCCGUAGCCGAGACCGUUUACUCUGUGGAUGACAUCGCCACCAGCCUGCCAACCUCCGUAGCCAUCUUCCCCAACACCGAUCUGGGAGGGCAUUACGACCAGAUGAACGGGGCAGCAGAUGGCCUGAUGAGCGCAGACAUGAGCGCAGAGAAGCGGUCGCUGGAUCUCUCCUCUUACUCCAGCGGUUUCUCUCAGCCUUCCUCCCACCGCAACCAGACCUUCACCUACAUGGGAAAGUUCUCAAUUGACUCCCAGUACCCGGGCAACUGGAACCCCGAGGGAGUCAUCAACAUCGUCUCCGCGGGCAUCUUCGGCAUGGCCCAACCGCCGCCUCCCCCUCCUCCUCCCUCCUCCUCGGCCUCCUCCUCCCCGGCUUCCUCUGGAUCUCCCAAUCACUUUUCCAACGGAGCUUUGAGCUGCACGAUGGCGGCUCAGAACCAGGGAGAGAUAGACCACCACCAUCACCACCUCUACUCCCCCCCGCCUCCUUACUCCUCUGGCUGUGGGGAGGUCUACCAGGACCCCUCAGCGUUUUUGUCCACUUCUACCUGCCCCAUCGCCUCCUACCCGCCGCCCUCCUACUCUUCACCCAAACCGCCAAGUACCUCAGACGCACCGGGGAUUUUCCCAAUCAUCCCUGACUACUCCGGCUUCUUCCAGCCGGCGUGCCAGCGGGACAUGCAGACGGCGGGCAUCCCGGACCGGAAACCGUUCGGCCCGUGCCCGCUCGACACAUUCCGCGUCCCCCCACCUCUGACCCCGCUGAACACUAUCAGAAACUUUACACUGGGUGGCCCAGGUGGAAGCGGCUGUGAGGGAGGGCCGGCGAGGCUUCCCUCUGCAUACAGCCCACAGAACCUGCCACUUAGGCCAAUCCUACGGCCCAGAAAGUACCCGAACAGACCCAGCAAAACGCCCAUUCAUGAGCGGCCGUACCCGUGCCCUGCAGAGGGAUGCGACCGGCGGUUCUCCCGCUCCGACGAGCUGACUAGACACAUCCGGAUCCACACGGGACACAAGCCGUUCCAGUGCCGGAUCUGUAUGCGCAACUUCAGCCGCAGCGACCACCUCACCACCCACAUCCGGACGCACACCGGAGAGAAGCCGUUCGCCUGCGAUUUCUGCGGCCGCAAGUUCGCCAGGAGCGACGAGAGGAAGAGACACACUAAAAUCCACCUGAGGCAGAAGGAGAGGAAGUCCUCCACCAUCUCCUCCUCGUCUUCUUCAUCAAGCAGCUCUGGCCUGGAGCGGGCGUCCGGCGGCAUCAGCGCAACCAACGGGAUUUGUUCAUAGUUAUUACCGGAAAACUCGGUUGUCACACCGGUAGCGUGACGCACACUAACCCCUGAAUGAACAGUUGUAUCAAAAGUGAUUUUUAUAUUGUUAUGAACUAAAGGAAGCGACCGCAACUCCGGGGUGGGAGUAAAAAAAACAGAAGCUGCAAGCUACCUGCAGCCGUGCGCAAUUACGCACAGUUGAGCACAAUUCCUCGUUCCAGGGACUGGGCUGGAUGGAAAGACUGACACGAAUGCACUUUGUCUGCACAGUCUACUGAAUAUACAAGUAAAUAUAGCCAUUAAUUCAUAACAGUAUACAAGGACCAUAAUUGUAAUAUAAAAGGGACAUUUCUAAUAUGGCCAACGGUGUGAACGUGCAAUAAGCUGCACGUUGAAAUGUGAAAUAACUGCAAUAACUUUUUGAAAAUGUGUUUUAAGUUAUUGAAUUGACAAAGUGUUCAUUCUAACAUGUUUGUUGAUUGCUAUACUCCCCCUCUAGUGCCUUGCUCUGUGUCUGUUUUGUACACUGACUGAUUCAAGGACGCUUUGAAUGCAAUGUAAAUGUGUCGUUUAAUAUGGAAAGAUGGGAUCUAUUCUAUUUUUGUACACAUUUCGUGUCGUGUAACUCAAAGUGUUGAGAAGUUGUAGUUCACAUGUAAAAGAAAAACGGGAUGUAAAUAAGUUGAACUCAUACUGACUUGACGUUUGUGUUGUGGUUGUUUUUGGAGUCUCAUUAAAUG